AGCGGCGGAGCGGAGCGCCGAGCAGAGCGCAGCGCAGGGAGCGGCUUCACCCAGCGCGACCUCCGGGGAGAGCAGCAGCGGAGCAACGGAGCACCGGACAGCCGGAGCGGCAGGCGGCCGGACGUCGUAGUUUGCUUUGUCCGGAGCGGAGCGUCUGUUCGCGGACAGACAGCAACAGUUGUCACGAUGUCUGCGAUCAGAUGAGGCGGAGCGGCGGAGGAGCACUGCGGCGCUGCUGAGUCCGGGCCGCCGGGAUCAGACGGCCGGCUAACAUCUGGUCCUCCAGCCGGGUCUGGGCUCGUUCGGCCGCUGCAGCCCGCGGCUCAGCUCAUCGGACGGCGGGCUGCUCAUGCUCCGCUCGGCGGGGAACCGGGCUGUUGCGUCUGCAGAGAGCUGACGAGCCUCCGACACACGGACAGACAGACAGACAGGCAGGGAGGGGGCGACAGCUGCUCCGAGCCGAACCACCGGAUCACCAGAACCCCCACCGAACCCGCUUUGGAUGGGGGGAAAGCAGAGCACGGCGGGGCGGCCCCGGGGAGCUUUUCCCGGCGUCUCUACGGAUGACAGCGCGGUGCCUCCCUCGGCCCACUUCGGCCACUACCGGCCCAGCGGCACCAUGGGCCUGCGGAGCCGCUCGGUGAGCUCCGUGGCCGGGAUGGGCAUCGAGCACAGCCCCGCCGUGCCCUUCGGCUUCUACACCCCCCGGGGGACGGACUCGGAGCGAGCCGGAGGGGGGUCCGGGGGCACCACGGCGGCCCCCCACGGUACCGGCUACCAGGACCCGGGGGGCGGAGGCCACCACACGGACGGGGUUCUGUACCUGGGGUCCCGGGGGUCGCUGGCUGACACUCUGCCCCUCCACAUAGCACCCCGCUGGUUCAGCGCGCACAGCGGAUUCAAGUGUCCUGUCUGCUCCAAGUCUGUGGCGUCCAAUGAGAUGGAGGUCCACUUCAUCAUGUGUCUCAGCAAACCCCGCCUCUCCUACAACGAUGACGUGUUGGCGAGGGAUGCCGGUGAGUGUGUGAUCUGUCUGGAGGAGCUGCAGCAAGGAGACACCAUCGCCAGACUGCCGUGCCUCUGCAUCUACCACAAAAGCUGUAUAGACUCGUGGUUUGAGAUCAACCGGUCCUGUCCUGAACAUCCCUCUGACUGACAUCGGGCCAAACUGAAGCUGUUCAAGGACGUCUCGGUCCUGCUCCUGGACUCUUCUGGACACCAAAAUCCGACGGAAACAAUCAGCUCGUAUUAUCCUGACAGCAGAAUCAUCGUCUAACAGAUAAAUAUUCCUGAACCAAAAGAGUAAAUCAACUGUCCGACCAUCUACAUUAAAGGACUGACGCUGCUCCCCCCUCCACCUCGACAUGCUCAGGUCCUGCAGGCUUCCUUCAGAUCCAGAACCAGAACCAGGACCAGAACCAAAACCUGGCCUGAUCAUCCAUUGCCCCCCCCACGGCCUUAACUGAGCAGGGGGGAGGAGCUGCAGGAGCUGCUGUGACUCCUGAACCAGCCGAGACUCCCCCCAUGUCAGAAUGGUUCAGUCCAACAAGGACCAGAGGGGGGAGGGGGUGUACAGUCUGAGCAUGCUCAGUCCGGACUGCUGGGGAGGAAGUGUAGUUUACUCCUGUGUAGCGUGUGUGUGUGUGUGUGUGUGCAUACAGUGUGUGUGUGUACGGUGUGUGUGUGUGUGUGUGUGUGUGUAUACAGUGUGUGUGUGUACGGUGUGUGUGUGUGUGUGUGUGUGUGUGUACGGUGUAGGUCCAUGUCUCGUGUGCGUCUGUCGGUUGUUCCCUUUACUUUGCUGAUGUUUACAGCUGCAGAAGCCACAUAUUGUAAAUUUCUCACCCUGUUUUUUUGCGUUUCACCUGCUGCCAGGUUUUUCAUGUGUGUGUGUGUGUGUGUGUGUCUGUGAUGUCUGUGCAUGUGCGGUGGGUCGGUGGUUCCCCCCCAUGUUGUGUUUGACUCGGGCAGGUCUGCUGACUCCAGCGUGGAGCUGCUCCACGGGGCUUAUUUAUUCAUUUGUUCAUAUUUAACACCAUUUGUUUGAUCUUGCGGUCAUGUGAGCUGUUACUCACUCUGCAGAAUGCCGAGAGCUGAUGUGUGACGACUACUACCAAUCAACAUACCAACAACCUGCAUUUACAAAAGCUACUGUAAACUAAUGGUGGAAUAAAUUGUGCUAGAUGAAGAAGA